UGUUGCUGCUGCUGCUUUUCUUCUCAUCCAGCUGGGCGCUGUCAUUAUCUUUCACGUCAUCAUCUGCCGUCGAUUCUUGUCUGUAAAUUCAAUCUACGGUGUUGGAAACCACUGUGACCUUCCGUACUACGUUGAAGACGGCACCACCUGUGCUCUGGACAUGCUAUCCUCCUCCCUGCUCUGGACUUGUCAUCAUCAGUGUUCUCGACUCGACAUCAUCAUCAGUGAUUUGCAGGCAUCAUCAUUGAUUGAUUGAUUGAUCUGUCCACGUGAUCGUGUGUUGCUCAUGCCACGUCAUCAGCGCUGCUUUUGACUCUUCAUCGCAGAGUGGAAAGGUGCUCAAGGGCGGCUUUGCUGUGGAUGGAUGUCGAAGUGGGGUGGGGUUCGCAGCUUAUCAAUCAGUCUUGAAAAGUGAAAGUGUUGAAAAGUUUGACUUCAAGUGCCAGAGAGAAGAGGUAAUCAAUCGAUCUACCGAUCUAGUCGGUCGAGAGCGGGGAGAUUUGUCAGUAUCCCAUCGGAUUGGGGAAAAGAGAGGGUAGCAGCUAGAGAGCUGCAAAUUGGUGAAUAGAAAUUUAGAUAUCCAAACGAGUGAACUGUGUUUGCGAACGCUUGUUGGGGCGGGGCGGUAGUAAUGUUAUUAAAAUGACUCGAUGGCCGAUGAUUAGGUCGACUGAUUGGCGGAUGGAUCAAUAGGUUGUUGUCCCCGAUGGAGUAAUUACAGUGGGGAAGAGAAACCCUGAUCAAUCAGAGACAGCCGGGCACUGGCAGCGCGUUUUGCACCCUCGGUGGACCUGUUGGCGGGCACUGGCAGCGCGUCGUACUGCUGUUCCUCGUUUGUAACGUACACACACACAUGUUCGUACAAGCGCCGAUCGCUGUUGUUCGAUGUGAAAAGAAAGCCCGACGGGACGCCAUACGGAACGGACGGUUUAUCUUGCUAUCGGCUCGUUGUUAAAUCCUGGCUUGCACGUCCAUAACGACGGAGAGGUAAUUUACGCACGCACGUAUCCACAGCACGUACACGGGGAGGGAGCAGAGAGAGGAACACGUGGACACCGGGUGGGGCACACACACACAGACAGAGAGAGAGAGAGAGAGAGAGAGAGAGAGAGAGAGAGAGAGAGAGAGAGAGAGAGAGAGAGAGAUCACGUGCAGUCGCUGGGAGCAGAGAGAGCAGAACGUGGACAUCGGGUGGGGCACAGAGAGAGAGGGAGAGAGAGAGAGAGAGAGAGAGAGAGAGAGAGAGAGAGAGAGAGAGAGAGAGAGCACGUGCACUCGGGGGGAGUAGAGAGAGGAGCACGUGCACUCGGGGGGAGCAGGGAGGAGCACGUGCACACCGGGUGGGGCACAGAGAGAGAGAGAGCACGUGCACUCGGGGGGAGCACAAAGAGGGAGGGAUAUAUAUAAAGAGAGAUAAGAGAGAGAGAGAGAGAGAGAGAGAGAGAGAGAGAGAGAGAGAGAGAGAGAGAGAGAGAGCACGUGUACUCGGGGGGAGCACAAAGAGAGGGAGGGAUAUAUAUAUAGAGAGAGAUAAGGGGGAGAGUGAGAGAGAGAGAGAGAGAGAGAGAGAGAGAGAGAGAGAGAGAGAGAGAAUGGCGCAAACAGCGUGCUCUGUCCUGGGUUCAUUUCAGGAGAAUGGCAUGCGCACGGCGUCAGCGGGGGGGGAAGUUGCGAGCUGUCAAAGUCAUCAUCAACACCAGCAAGGGGGCCGAAGGAGGAAUGGAGGGAGCGGCGGGGUAGCGGGUGGGGGAACAGCCCCGCCGUCUUCGUCUCCGUGCAACGAGUUCUCCUCUGCUCGGGAAGUUGAGGAGUGCGAUGGGCAUCGUUCAGAGGUAGGAGGUGGCGGAAGCGGCGAGGCACAUGGUGCGGCCUCCUCCGCUUGCAGCAGCGAACACGACGGCGGCCGUCACGUGAAUGACGGGGGAGAUAGCACGCCCCCGGGCGGAGGAGGGCGGAAAGAUGCAGCGGCCGCCUCGAAGAAGAAGAGAGCCAGCAAGUCUGCCAAGCUCAAGCAAUCAAAGCUCGACGCUCGUCGAGAGCAGUGGUUGGCUCAUCAGGUCCUCCCUCCCCCCUCCUCAUCGCCACAUCCCCGCCAAGGUGUCUCUCAGUCCCACCACCUCAAUCCCCCCCAGCAGCAGCACUCUCCACCCCCUCACUGUCGGGAGGAAGAGGCGGAGACAGGGGGCGUAGGAGAGGAAGACCGUGGGAGGGAAGAGAAGACUGGGGAAGCGGAAGCCGCCGGCGCCUCCUCCGCCGCCGCCGCCAUCUCGUCCGCUUCCUCCUUGGUCUCGCCAGCGUCGUCCGCCGAAUCGACCUUCGCAAUGGAGAGCGCCCCCAAACAUGAUGCAGCAGAGGAAGCAGCAGCAGCAGCGGUCGACCUGACGGCGAUCGGGAUGAUCAAGAAGGAUGAGUGGGAUCCCGACUCUUCUGCGUUUUCGUUGUCGUUAUCAGUUCACGAGCGGGAUGGAAACGACGAGCGGGCGAAGACUCGCGGAGGCAGGCGGAACGACGAGACCAGCGCGCCACGCCUCUGCUCCCUAGUUGCAGCUGGUUCCAACUCCUUGUGCGGAAGAUUGGCGGGAGAGACGCCACCGCCUCCGCCGAUGAACACGUCAUCACCUCAGCAGCAAGGUGGCAGGGGGAAAGCCUCCGGGCCCCGAGCGCUCCACGUGGAAGCCGUUGAUCGCGAUAAUGAGAAUGAUGAGACGGGGCGAGUGAGAGCAUCAGAGGGCGUCGUGGUCGAAGCGUCCGACUUGACCAGCAGUGUUCAGCCGUCGCUUCUGGUGGAUGGGAUUUCGAUGGCCGUCAACAGAUCGUGCUCGAUGAACGGCCGCCAAGCGCGCCAGGUGGAAGCCGUUCCGCGAGUCUGUCGCCCUCGGAAUGAGGCGGGGGCAGUUGACUUUGACCAGCGUCUAGCGGGGGGGGACAAUCAGUCCCAGUCCCAUCGCGGGGAAGGGUUGGAACGUGAGGUGGUGGCGUGGGAGGAGGGAGUCGCUGACCAGCCGCGGCGAGGCGGGGGGAAGCUGGCAGCAGCGGGAAUGACGAUGCCCAUUCCCUUGCCGGCUGCUACCUCCGCCUCCGCCUCCGCCUCCGCCUCCGCCGCCGACAAGAAGUCGUCUUCUUCUGAGGAUAAUGAGCGGGAGUGCAAAAGUUCCUUGUCGUCCGUUCUAACGACGGAUGGGCAGAGAGGAGGAGAAAGAGGAGGAGGAGGAAGCGGGGGGAAUGGAGUGAUCUUCGGCAAAGAGGAGGAGGAGGAGGAAGAUGAACAUAACCAAGGCGGCGGCGGCGGCCAUGUAAAUGACCUUCCGGUUCCUCUUCCUUUUGCUCUUCCUCUUCCUCCCCCCUCUAGGGUUCUCCUGCGGACCAAUUCCCACGGAGAUGGAGAAGGAGGGUGGGAAGAGGAGGAGGACAUUGGAUCUUGGGAAGACCGGUAUCCUGAUCAGCAGCAACAGCAGCAAAGUCAGCAGGUUCCCAGGCGAGCGGAUAUCCCCGAAGACGCGCCAGCCAAGGACCAGCAAAGGCAGCAAGGGCUGUCAUCGACGAACAAGAUGAUCGGCGAGAAAUCGACGGUCGUUACGGCGAUAAGACAAGGCAGCGGCGGCGGCGGCAAUAAGACCGGGAGUAACAGCCAACAGAAGAAGAAUGGUGGCGGUUUUCAUGCGAAAUCCAGUCGGGAUUCCAUGGGUGACGUGGACCAAUCGGAAAGAGCAACGGCGGAAGGCGGGGGUAGGAGUUCCCGUUCCUCUUCGCUUGUCCUCCCUCCUCGACGUCCUUGUACUUCUUCGUCGCCCUCACCCUCUGCUCGAUCUGAUCGAGGUCUGGACAUGGGGGACGCUAUCCCGGUGGCGGCGGCGGCGCUUCCCGCCGCUGGCGGAAACGGGAACCGGAGUCCGCACAACAGUUCGUCGGGAGGAGAGGGAGAGGGGAAGGGGGCGUCGAAGGGGCGCAAAGCAGCGGCAGCGGGUCAUCAUAAUAAUAAGAAGAAUGGGGUCGGUCGCAGUGGCGGUGGGGGAAAUGGGGGCGGAGGAGAAAUGGAGAAGCAACGAACGUGCGCGAGGGGGGAGAACGAUGGGGAAGUUGUGGCUUCCGACCGGUCGCCCACUGCGGAGCGUCAUGGGGGCGCUGCCGGUCCCGCCCGCGGUCGUAGCUCUAGCCCUUGUAGUACCGCCGUAGCCCCCCGCCACGGCCGAAGCAGCAGUUGUAGCAGCAACAGCCAAUCAACGAGCAGCAGCCUGGAAUUGAGCAGCAGGGAUGCAGAGGAGGAGGAGGAGGAAGAAGAAGAGAGAAGCAAGGAGGAGGAACGUGAGGCGGGAGUAUUAGGUUUGGGAGAGGAGGGCCCGCGCGAGGAGGUACACGCAAAGGAGCAGGAGGGGCAGGAGGAGGAGGAAGAGGAGGAGGAGGAGGAGGAGGAGGAGGAGGAGGAGGAGGAGGACGAGGAGGAUGACUGGGAGAUGGCCGCUGAUGCGUUCUCUCAGGAACUUAACCAAAAGGAGGAACAAGAAGACGGUCUGGGGGGAAGAACGACUAUCGGCAAGAAGAACAUGUUGGGGAUUGGAGGUGGCGGCGGGGUAGGAGCGUACGGUGGUGGCGAGGUGGGGGUGGGGGGUAAGAGGAAGCCCCUGUCCACGUCAUCGCCAUUUGCAGCGCGGUCCUUGGGUUCUCUCACUGCCACUCAUGCCUCGAUGGCCUUAGGAAAAGACAGGGAUUUGAAUGCCUCUUUUCUCCGCCCCCAGCAGCAUCUUCAUCAUCACAGUCAUCAUUAUCAUCAUCAUCAUCAUCAGGGAGGCGGAGGAGCGGGAGCCGGCGCAGCAGGCGGUGAUUUCUCCAUCCGUUUGGAGCCAAGGUAUUCGUCCAGUCCAGGCUUGGUGAGGAGGAUGGCUAUGACAGCAGCUUGGAGACCUGAUGACGUGGCAAGGCCAUCAACGCUACCGAAGCCCGCUCAUGGAAGCGGCAGCGGCAGCGGCGGGGGGAUUGGGAUUGGGAUCGGGAUUGGGAUUGGUGGCGUGGGUAAUGCGGGUGUUGUGGGGAUCGGAGGAGGAGGAGGUGUAGGGUUCGGCAGCUCUCGUUCGUCAGCCACGAGUCCAUGGAGUACUCCCCCUCGCGCGUCGGUCUGGGGAGGAGCCGGCGGCGGCGCGCCUUCUUCCCAACCGGUUCCCGCGCAAUGCCCUAUCUGUACGGAAGAGCUGGAUCUGACGGACGCCUCUUUCCAACCAUGCCCCUGUGGUUUUCGAAUCUGUCUGUUCUGUCAUCACCGCAUUGCGCUGGAUGAUGGGAGGUGCCCGGGAUGCCGACGUACUUACGCGGGAGAGUCAGACGGACACAUGCUUCGCGCGUCGAGCAUGAGGCUAAGAGUCUGACAAAACCCUAAUUACCGAGCCAACCGUCUCUCUCCCCUUCCCCCCCCCCCCGCCCCCCGCUCUCCCUCCCCACCUCCGCGGGUGCCCCGCCGCCUUCCCCCCAACCCUCCUCGCCCACCCGUUGCCGCGCGGGUCGGCACGCGCGCAAGGACCUGUUGCCUCAUCGGGCCUGGUUGUCAUUUACACUCAGUGAAUGACCUGUCUGUCGUCCCGAUCUCCCAUCACCUCCUUACUUCUCUCCUUCCUGCCUUCUCCCUCGCUGUUCCUCCUCCCCCCCGCCCUGUCACCGUUGGACAUCCUAUGUCCUCAGGUCUUGACACGUGUCAUAUCUUUUCGCGCACAGAGACUUCUUCUUCGUCUAUGCUGUGUAUGCUGCUCCCGUCAUCUGCUCUCGUUCAUCUGCUCUCUCCACUCCCCUCCUCACCUCCCGCCUGCCCCCGCCUUCCCCCGCCUUCCCCGGCCCUCCCCUUCCCCUUCCCCUCUUUCUUCCUCUCUCUCUCCUAUCUUCGUCGGCGGGCUUUGUAUGGACCAUAGGGCAGUCACGUGGAUGAGGUUGAGGAUAAGAAGGAGAGGGAGAAGGGAUAGUGGCGACGGGUCCGUCGUUGGUUGCUAUGUGUCAGUGGAGGGGAAACGGCAAUUAAACCUUUUUUUUGUUGUUUUCGCGUGAUGGUGAACAUAGCCUCCUCCUCCUCCUCCUUCUCCUCCUCCUCCCCCUCCUUUUUUCUCUUCUCCCCUGUCAAAGGCGAGGAAGCAAGGGUCCAGAGCCGAUGAAUCGUCUGCAUCUGGAUGAUUGCUUUUGAUACGGCUUGGCGCGCAAAGAGCUUUUGACUGUAUAUGAAUUAGGUUGUUGGUGUACAAGACAUACGCAUGGGGACCUUCACUCAAAGCUCUCGAAACACAGGGAAUCGAACGCGCAGUUUUCCGCUCGGAAAGCGGACAAAGCGGAGACUUAACUUCUUAUGGGCUAUGUGGUGGGGGGAAGAAACGUCGAAGAAAACCCUUAUUUGCUCGGAGGGGGCAAAAAGGGGGGAGGGAGGAAGGAAGGUGGCGAAGAGAGAGGCAAAUCAAUCACAGGGGUUCCCGGAGGAGCAUCUGGCGACCAUGGCUUUUCUCACCUUGGCCGACAGCGGCGCUGUGUCUCUCUCUCUCUCUCUCUCUCUCUCUCUCCUCCCUACCUCACCGUGUCUUCCCUUGAUAUCCUCUUUUUGAAAUCAUGCCUGCUGUUGUGUAUGUUGUUGUUGGGAGGCGUAGGUAGUUUCUCUCUGCCAGUCUUCCCUGUCUCUGCCUCGACGAAAAGACGAAAGACGAAGACCUUGUAAAGCCACUGUUGGCAUAGAGCCUUGACGAAGAAAAGAGGAGGAGGAGGAGGAGGAGGACGAGGAGGAGGAGGCGGCGGCUACAUGCAAUAUAGGUGUAAGUGACUCUCUUAUGAGAUUCGGACGCGUAGUGUAUGGAAAAAACGGUGGUGCGUAAAACCCCGCGCUUGUGUUUUAUUGAGAAUGGAAAUGAACAAAAUACUUCUGAAUACUUCCGCCUUUCUGUUGUUUAUACGUGGUCACUGGUCAUAUGAGAUUGAUCGGCCAAUUGGCGGCAGCUUGUCUCAUCAUCCCCCUGUGUUUUUUUUUUCUUUCUCAUUCUUUUUUCUUUUUUGCACCAUUAAAUUAAAGGUGAGGCGAUCAUCAGUUACUUAUUAUUUAGUGUGCGAAUGGAUUAACGAAGAGGAACGCGCCGUUUUCCUUGCACUCUGGCGCCAGAAUGUAGCUAUACACUCGAUUGCGGCUCUGUGUGACUGACUUCCAUUGUUGAAAUAGGAAGAACACACCUCUGCCAAAACACGCGGAAAUAAAUAACGGCGGAAUCU